AUGGUGUCACUUCUGGCAUGUUUUGCCAAUGCGCAGCUUUCACCGAAUUUUUAUGCCUCUACGUGCCCUAAUCUCCAACUCAUUGUGCGUAACGCAAUGAGGGAAGCGAUUAACAGAGAUCUGCGCCUUGGAGCCUCUAUCCUCCGCUUGUUCUUCCAUGACUGCUUCGUAAAUGGUUGUGAUGCAUCGAUACUUUUGGACGACACCGCAACUUUCACAGGCGAAAAAAAUGCAGGCCCAAACCGAAAUUCAGCAAGAGGUUUUGAUGUGAUUGACACCAUUAAAACACGGGUUGAAGCCGCUUGUAGUGGCAGAGUAUCUUGUGCAGACAUCCUGGCGCUUGCAGCACGAGAUGGAGUUGUCUUGCUGGGAGGACCUACAUGGGCAGUCCCGUUGGGCCGAAGAGACGCAAGAACAGCGAGCCAGAGUGCCGCUAAUAGCCAAAUUCCAUCGCCAUUCUCUAGCCUCUCAACCCUAAUCUCCACCUUUGCGGCUAAAGGCCUGAAUGCUCGUGAUAUGACUGCGCUCUCUGGUGGCCACACCAUCGGCUUUGCACAGUGUUUUACGUUCAGAAGCCGUAUAUAUAAUGACACGAACAUUGCCCCAAUGUUUGCAGCCAAUCGCAGGGGCGUCUGCCCAGCUUCAGGUGGGAAUUCGAACUUGGCCCCCCUUGAUAUACAAAGCCCUAACCGGUUCGGCAACGCCUACUACCAGAACCUUGUGAGUCAACGUGGGCUUCUCCAUUCAGACCAAGAGCUUUUCAAUGGUGGAUCACAAGAUGCAUUGGUUAGGCUUUACAGCACUAAUCUCACUGCUUUUUCCAAUGACUUUGCUGCAGCCAUGGUAAGAAUGGGCAAUAUAAGGCCCCUUACUGGAACAAAUGGAGAGAUAAGAAGAAGAUGCAGUGUGGUUAACUGA